UUCUCCGAAACAAAAUGUUUCUUACAGUUAUGUCUUGUAUUUUAUAGUGACAUUUGUUAUUUUAACUAAAUUUUAUAUAAUAUUUUAUGUUUAUGCUGGCGGACGGCACUUAAUGUUUGAUUAUGACGGGCAGCUGCAACGGCGACCCUGAAGUGAAGGAGGAGAAGCGGCUGAACGAUGACCUUCUGCUGUUCAUGCGCAAGCGCAGCGAGACCGACGCACCGCGCUACACUGCCCGCCUAAAGACAUACGUCGACCUGCAACAAAAGCGCCGGCGGGCAGCGGUCGCCCGACGCAACGCGGAACAUGCUGCCGAGAAAGCUGCCUUUAAGAAGAAAGCAGAAUCCGAGCCCAAGGAUAAAAGACCUUCAUCUGCGGAACGGCAAGAGGUCGACGAUGACAAAUCAAGACGUAGCCGCGCGAUGAAGGAUAAGCCGUGGGCCGACAGCGGCUCCUUCUCCAGGGAAGAGUCUGACGCCUGCUGCCGCCGGCGCAGGAGACGCCGCUCCUGUAGACGUCCUCGCAGACGGCGGCGAUGCCGACGGCGCAGUCGACGUCGACGGCGGCGCAGCGUGUGCAGUCGACGCCGACGCCGACGUCGCCGCCGCUCGCGCAGCCGCCGACGCCGCCGCCGCUGCCGCCGCCGACGUCGACGCCGCUGUCGUUGAUGUAACGCCGCUGCUGACGUCACAGCCGCCGCUGCCGCUGACGUCACUUCAAAGUUAACCCGAUCCAAAUUGAAGCGUGACUGAAUACAUUGCAAGCUUAGGUAUAGUACGUGGAGAAAAAAAUGGCAUGUCGUUGACUCUUGGAAAGCUAAAUUCGUCGUUAUCUUUGGUGUCGAAGAUGUAAAAUCAAAAGUCGAUCGUCCCUUUCCAAAGGUUAAUACGCCAUAUUUUCCCCCGCGUUCUGUUCCAAUCCACCCGAGCCACAAAUUACUGAAUGCCGUUCUAUCAUCGCUGCCAGUUUUGAAUCAAAUGUGAUGUUUUUGU